UUUACCUCCUCUUUCUACCUCUGCCGCCGCUUCUCCCUCCUUAUCGUACCUCUCUCCCCCUGGUCCCCUGAAAUCUGGAACAAGAACCGCGUGGCGAGGCGGUCCGAUACCAGUGGCACCGUGGAACUCGGUACCAGCGGAGGUCUCUUCAUGAGAACGUGCACUUCUGCCGAGUAGUCCAUAUUGCGAGAUCUUCGACGUUUGGGUGUCUCGAAAAUAUCAAAGAGACGAAAAACAGGAAACGGGCUCGAGUGACGGAUCCGUUUGGCGACUUUUCCAAGGAGACGUAGCUUUUUUGAGAGAAACAUCAGCCCGCGACGUCGAGACGAAGAGAACGACGUCGGAGGUACUCCCGCGAAGAUCCGCGCGACACAGAAAAAAGGCAAGGACCUCUCGAGGUAACCGCCGCUGCUGGACAUCUGAGAGAGAAAGAGAGAGAGAAAGAGAGAGAGAGAGCUCGAAUCGGUAAUUCCGAUUACAACUAGCACAGCGCCGACCGAGAAGUCAUCAAGAUGGUACAGCGCGCGAGCAAAGCAGGAACCGUGUUGUUGGCGACAUUUCUUCUGCUGAGCGUGUUACACAUCAUCGACUCGGUGCCUCUUAAAUCGCUCCGCAGCGGCACCCUGAGACUCUGUUCAAGGAACUUGAGUGAUGCGCUCUAUCUUGUGUGCCGGGAACGCGGUUACAACAGCUACUCGUACAGCGACGACGACGAGACGCAGGUUGACAAUGGGCCAGGCCUCGUCGACGAAUGCUGUUACCAUGCGUGUAGCUAUGAGCAGCUUGAACGGUACUGCAAGCCCAUUCCGGGCGAGAAGCAGGAUGAAUCGAGGGACGUCAUAGACGGAACGUACAUAUCAGUCCGAAUGCCUUUCAUGCCAAAAGAUCCGUCGAAGGAGAAUCUGAGAUCGGAGAUGGACUACACCGAUGGCACGAAAAAACGUAAGGUCAAUAGUAUGAAAAAGAGACGGCACAGGGGAAAAGGUGGUCGCAAAGAUGCCGGUGAAUGCAAGGGAAAAGCUGCCGCGAAAAAGCGACAUCAUGGCGGGCACUACAGAUGCCGGCAUCGGUGUCUGGAGUGUCGCCGAACUGGCAAGGUUUCACGCGGCAAUGUUAAGCCUCUAGAUAACAAAUUCGUGAUGUCACUGGCGGUAGACAAGUCCACGUCGUUUUCUACCAUAUCGUAAUGUGCUACAGAAAACAAUGCAAUUAACCAUUGAUCGUUCGUACGGAGGAGCUGAAGAGGGAUUUGCAAGAAGUGACAGUGUUUUCUCUCUCCGAUGCCAGUCCUCGAUCAUGUGACGAUAUGUGUUACCAACUGUGCCAACCGAUUGCGAUCUUCUUCAAAUUGGACUUCGGCCCUAGAGGAAUCCCUAAUCGAAGUAUCGAAUGAAAAUCGAUUACCUCGAGGAACACGACAUCGAAGAUUUUGAGAUUCACGGUGAUCUUUCAACAUCUUUCGCUCUCUGCCCAAAGAACGAUUUUAUCGGUGAAGAGAAAGAAAAACAAUAAGUGAAGUUUUUCUCUCUCAAUGGUGAUUUUGCAAGGAGAGUUAGUCACGAAUUAUAUAUACGGAUUAAAACUGCAACAGACUCGUGUCGUAAUCCGACGAACGGAUUGUGAUCUCGUAGAGAAAGACUUUUGGAACAAGUGAUAUCGAUGUAAUCGCGUUUUCAGAGGAAUAGCUCGGUUCGAAUACCCGCCGGUAAUCCUAGUUGUAUCGCCGGCUGAUGAUCUCAUUAGUAUUAAAGUAAAAGCAAUUUAUAUUGCACUCGUUAGAUUUUAAGCGAGUUAUACAAAUAAUAUACAUUGACGAACGCGUACUUUCCGGUCCGCCAAUGGAAUGGAUCCAAAAUGCGGAAUAAGUAGCUUUUAGUGGCAAGAAACUAGGAGAUUCAGGAUCCGACGUAGUUAUAGACAGAAGUUUUAUCACACAGCACGUAUUGACGUUUUAAUAUACAUCUUGAGUUUUAUUCACAUUUUCAAAUUUUCCGUUAACGUCUGUUAACAUUAAUGAUAGCGAGCAAUAAACAUUUAUACAAAGUAAUCGAUGCUUCCUUUAUUUUAUUGCACCCGCUUUUAUUUUAUAUUGUCCGAAUAGUAGAAAAAGAAAAUACAGAGAAAUAUCGCUCGAUAAAUCUAAAUCAUUCAAGAUGCCUUGAAAUCAUCCUGAAUGUGUGUUUUUUCACGAUACGAUUACACUUUUUAGAUUAUUCUGGAUAUACUCGGGACAAUUUUAGAAUGUCUUGUGCUAUUUAGGAAUUAACAAGUGACAGAAGGAACAUUUGAACUAU